AUGUGUGAAUCCAUGCAGUUGAAUACAUGCAACCCAGUGGAAGAUGAUGCACUUAUCUUAGAGCGUCAGCGCACAGCUGCAUUGGAGCUAGAAGUAAAGGCUUUACGUGCAUCACUCGUGGCCUUGGGUGAGUCAACAGAGUUUGAAGAGGAGCGUAUGACGAACCGUCUUAUGAAACGUCUACAUGACGUAAAGAGUGAGAAGGAGAAGUUGGUGCUUGAGGUGGAGAGAGAGGAGGAGCUGUUAACUAAUAAACUGCAGAAAAAGUUGAACCAAUUGCGCAAGGAGAAGGUGGAUUUAGAAAAUAAGCUGGAAAAUGAACAGGAGUAUAUUGUUAACCGUCUCUCGAAGCAGCUCGAAGCUGCUCGUCGUGAGAAAGAACGUCUGCUACAAGAGUUACAGAAUGAGGAUAAUGGUGUGCGAAAGGCACUGGAGUCGCAAGUGGCCAAGAUCCUGCAUGAGAAGGUGCAUCUCGAGAACGAGCUAGAGCAGGAGCAGGAGUUUCUUGUGAACCGACUCCAGAAGCAGCUUUCGGGACUGCAUAGCGAACGUCGCAGGAUGGAACGUAAAUUAGCUAAGCAAAACGUAGCUCUGCUGGACCAGAUGCAGCUCAAGAUCGAUGUGCUCAGGCUCGAGUGCGGAGACAACGUUAAUGCAUUUGCAGAUGGUGUGAGCAAGAUUUUGGCAAAAGCUAAGAAGCAACAGGCCAAGAAGGCGGCCGAUGUUGUCAAAAAUACCAAGGACGACAUCAACAUUAACGCCUGGGCUGCUUCAUCCGGCUAUAAGCCGCAGCUUACGUCUGAAGGACUGGUCUACCAGCACAUUCGUCGUGGCACGAUGUGA